AUGGAGGAGUUAGUAAUGGGUAUUGAGGCAGUGCAGCUCUCGGUCGAGAAUGAUGAACUAGAGCAGGGGCAGGGUACGGACAUGAGGCAGGGGAGUCCGAAUGUCGUAGGCGAAUCGGAGGAGGUGCAGAGAGAGGAACGUGAGAAUAGGGUGGUGUAUCAGAGGCGGGAGGCAAGAACAAAGAAGAAGUAUGAUCAGGGGCGGGAAGCACGCGAGGGGGAAGAGGCGAAUCAGAGGGUGGAACAGAAGCGGAUGAGACUCGAGGACCAGGAGCGAGAGGUGAGUUCGAUGGAGGGGGACAGGGAGAGGGAGGAAGAAAAUGUGAGGGAGAAAGAGAGGAAGGUCGAGCGCGAAAAGGAGGACUUGCGGCAAAGGGAAGAAGACGAGAGGAAGAGCGAGGAGGCGAGGAAGAUGGAGCGCGAAAAGGAGGAAAAGCGGCAGAAGGAGGAGGAAGAGCGGAAGAGGGAGGAGAAAAAGGCUGAGCGCGAACAGGAGGAAAAGCGGCAGAGGGUGGAGGAAGAGCGGAAGAGGGAGGAGGAGAAAAAGGCUGAGCGCGAACGGGAGGAAACGCGGCAGAGGGAGGUGGAAGAGCGGAAGAGGGAGGAGGAGAAAAAGGCUGAGCGCGAACGGGAGGAAACGCGGCAGAGGGAGGUGGAAGAACGGAAGAGGGAGGAGAAAAAGGCUGAGUGCGAACGGGAGGAAACGCGGCAGAGGGAGGUGGAAGAGCAGAAGAGGGAGGAGGAGAAAAAGGCUGAGCGCGAACGGGAGGAAACGCGGCAGAGGGAGGUGGAAGAGCGGAAGAGGGAGGAGGAGAAAAAGGCUGAGCGCGAACGGGAGGAAACGCGGCAGAGGGAGGUGGAAGAGCGGAAGAGGGAGGAGAAAAAGGCUGAGCGCGAACGGGAGGAAACGCGGCAGAGGGAGGUGGAAGAGUGGAAGAGGGAGGAGGAGAAAAAGGCUGAGCGCGAACGGGAGGAAACGGGGCAGAGGGAGGUGGAAGAGCGGAAGAGGGAGGAGAAAAAGGCUGAGCGCGAACAGGAGGAAAAGCGGCAGAGGGAGGAGGAAGAGCGGAAGAGGGAGGAGGAGAAAAGGGCUGAGCGCGAACUGGAGGAAAAGCGGCAGAGGGAGGUGGAAGAGCGGAAGAGGGAGGAGGAGAAAAAGGCUGAGCGCGAACGGGAGGAAAAGCGGCAGAGGGAGGAGGAAGAGCGGAAGAGAGAGGAGGAGAAAAGGGCUGAGCGCGAACUGGAGGAAAAGCGGCAGAGGGAGGUGGAAGAGCGGAAGAGGGAGGAGGAGAAAAAGGCUGAGCGCGAACGGGAGGAAAAGCGGCAGAGGGAGGUGGAAGAGCGGAAGAGGGCGGAAGAGAAGGCUGAGCGCGAAAAGGAGGAGAAACGGCAGGAGGAUGAGCGGAAGAGGGAGGAAGAGACUAAGCUGGAGCGUGAAAAGGAGGAGAAACGGCAGAGGGAGGAUGAAGAACGGAAGAGGGAGGAGAAGGCAGAGCGCGAACAGGAGGAGAAGCGGCAGAAGGAGGAGGAAGAGCGGAACAGGGAGGAGAAGGCUGAGCGCGAAGAGGAGAAAAGGCAGAGGGAGGAUGAGCGGAAGAGGGAGGAUGAGCGGAAGAGGGAGGAAGCGACGAAGAUGGAGCGCGAAAAGGAGGAGAAGCAGCAGAGGGAGGAUGAAGAACGGAAGAGGGAAGACAAGGCAGAGCGCGAACAGGAGGAGAAGCGGCAGAGGAAGGAGGAAGAGCGGACCAGGGAGGAGAAGGCUGUGCGCGAAAGGGAGGAGAAACGGCAGAGGGAGGAGGAAGAGCGGAACAGGGAGAAGGCUGAGCGCGAAAAGGAUGAGAAACGGCAGGAGGAUGAGCGGAAGAGGGAGGAAGCGACGAAGGUGGAGCGCGAAAACGAGGAGAAGCGGCAGAAGGAGGAUGAACAGCGGAAGAGGGAGGAGAAGGCUGAGCGCGAACAGGAGGAGAAGCGGCAGAGGGAGGAGGAAGAGCGGAACAGGGAGAAGGCUGAGCGCGAAAAGGAUGAGAAACGGCAGGAGGAUGAGCGGAAGAGGGAGGAUGAGCGGGAGAGGGAGGAAGCGACGAAGAUGGAGCGCGAAAAGGAGAUGAAGCGGCAGAGGGAGGAUGAAGAACGGAAGAGGGAAAAGACAGCAGAGCGCGAACAAGAGGAGAAGCGGCAGAGGGAGGAGGAAGAGCGGAACAGGGAGGAGAAGGCUGAGCGCGAAAAGGAGGAGAAACGGCAGAGGGAGGACGAGCGGAAGAGGGAGGAUGAGCUGAAGAGGGAGGAAGCGACGAAGGUGGAGCGCGAAAACGAGGAGAAGCGGCAGAGGGAGGAUGAAGAGCGGAAGAGGGAGGAGGCUGAGCGCGAACAGGAGAAGCGGCAGAGGGAGGAGGAAGAGCGGAACAGGGAGGAGAAAAAGACAGAGCGCGAACAGGAGGAGAAGCGGCAGAGGGAGGUGGAAGAGCGGAAGAGGGAGGAGGAAAGAAAGGCUGAGCGCGAAAAGGAGAAGCGUCGAAGGGAGGAGGCGCAGAAGAGGGAGGAGAAGCAGCAGGCUGAGCGCGAACAGGAGGACAAGAGGCAGAGAGAGGAAGAGCAGAACAGGGAGGAGGAGAAAAAGGCAGAGCGCGAACAGGAGGAAAAGCGGCGGAGAGAGGACGAACGGGAGCGGAAGAGGCUGGAGGCGAAGGGUCGAGAAACGCGCGAAAAGGAGGCGAGGGUGGAGGAUCGAGAGCGACAGAGGCUGGUGGUCGAGACCGAGGAGCGAGAAGCGCGCGAAAGGGAGGAACCGCGGCAGAGGCAGGAACGGGAACGGAAGAGAAUCGAAAGCGAACGCAGAAGGAAAGAGCUUCAAAGGCUUGAGCGCGAGAGGCAACUGGCCAAACAGACGGAGGAAGCCGGUGAGCAUCAGGGUGUGGAGCGUCAGAGGGAUCGACGUAUAGAGAAUGAGCGGCGUGGGAUAGGGGGCACUACACAGAGGCACGAAAGGCAGAGAGAGGUUGCUGGGUUGAAUGAACAAGGUGCUGGGGGGCAGCGGCGUGGGGAUGGAACUCGUCACACGAUCGAUGGCCAUAGGGGCGCGAGGGUCUUUCAAGCGCAGUUGGGGCCGGAUGCAGGGGAAGGAGCUCGGCAAGUGGUGGUUGGCGACCACCCAACCGAGGGGCAUCAGGGGACGACUGUUGGUCGGGCAGCGGAUGUUGGUUGA